AAGAAAAAUGGUAGACACGGCACAGAAAUAAUAAUAAAUAAAUAAAAGGAAAAAAAAAAUAAAAAAAAAAAGGGAAAAAAAAACCCCUCAAAUAUGUGUGCCCAUUAAUCCUUGUUUAUCAAUUUAUCAUACUCUCUCUCUCCUCUUCUAAAUGUGAAAUCAAAAAGCAUGCAAGUCAUCUCCAAAGCACCCUCAGCCAUGGCCUCCUUCUCUUGCUCCUCUAGGGGGGGUAAUGGGCUUGGUGUAUGGCCAGGCAUGAGGCAACUGUGCCUUAGAAAAAGUCUUUUGUAUGGACUCAUGCGCCUUUUAUCAACACCAUUCAAAACUUUGCGCACAGCUGGUCGCACACUCAAAGUUGCACAAUUUUGCAGUGUUUCCAAUACGUCUUCCACAUUGCAAAUUGAAUUGGUACCAUGUCUGAAGGACAACUAUGCAUAUCUUUUACAUGACGUCGAUACAGGCACAGUUGGAGUUGUUGAUCCUUCUGAAGCCGUACCUGUUAUAGAUGCCCUGAGUAGGAAAAACCGAAACCUAACCUAUAUCCUGAACACUCAUCACCAUCAUGAUCACACUGGUGGGAAUGCUGAGUUAAAAGCAAGGUACGGUGCAAAGGUAAUUGGUUCUGGAAUAGACAAGGAUCGAAUUCCUGGAAUUGAUAUAGUUUUGAAAGAUGGAGACAAGUGGAUGUUUGCAGGCCAUGAGGUGGUUGUAAUUGAAACUCCUGGUCAUACCCGAGGCCACAUUAGCUUCUACUUUCCGGGAUCAGGGGCAAUUUUUACAGGGGACACUUUGUUCAGUCUAUCAUGUGGCAAACUUUUCGAAGGAACUCCUGAACAGAUGCAUUCUUCCCUUAGUAAGAUUAUGUCUUUGCCAGACGAAACAAAUAUCUAUUGUGGUCAUGAAUAUACAUUGAGCAAUUCAAAGUUUGCAUUAUCUAUCGAACCCAAGAAUGAGGUCCUCCAGUCCUAUGCCACCCAUGUUGCCCAUCUCCGUAGUAAGGGCUUGCCAACGAUCCCAACUACACUGAAGAUGGAAAAGAUGUGCAACCCAUUCCUUCGCACUUCAAGCCCAGAAAUACGGAAAUCGUUAAAGAUUACAGCCACAGCAGAUGACUCAGAAGCGCUGGGGAUCAUCCGUGAAGCAAAGGACAACUUUUAAGAUCAUCAUCAUCAUACCUUGUUCUUGAUUUUGUAUAGGAGGGGGUGAUCUCUUUCGCAUGUGAAAUAAAGACCACCAAUAUUUUGAUGAUAUCAAUUUUUUGUUUUUUCCUCUGUUUUGAACAUUUUUUUUUAGUUUUCUUAGAUGUUUCUUUAAGCUAAGCUGAACAUGUUGAUUGCCAAAAGCAAAAAUGGCAAAUGCAAUGAUAUCAAGAAAUGGUUGUGAUAUUUGGAAAAA